GGAGCUGGCCCGGCCGCGGGCGGAGCCUCCGUUCGGCCCAGCCGCCUCUCGCCGCGUCGCCUGCCGGGCUGACGUGGCCCGGGCCCGGCGCGGACAUGGCGGACGGGAGCAGGGAGAUCAAGCUGGCGGCGGCCAAGAAGAAGCUGAAAGAAUAUCAGCAGAAGAACAGCCCCGUGUCAGCAGUGGGAGCCAAGAAGAAGCGCAGAGGUAAAGAAGGAAGCCACCCACAGACUCGCGUUAACGAUGGAGCAGAGUUUCCUGAAAAUAUUGAGAACCUUCUGAAGGUGCUGGUGUCAGACUUUAACCGCUCCAAUGGGGUAGCCAUACCUUCAUUGGACAAGUGGAAGGCCCACCAUGACGGCGAAGUUGCUGCCCACCAAGCUGAAUCCCUUGCUGCUGGCGUCCCCCUGCCGCCUCACAGCAGCAGCGUGUCUGGCUCUGCCGCUCCAAGUCCUGGCAGCAUGCAGCAGUCACAGGUUUGCGGUGCUGGUCAUAACAGCGUGUUGGAGGAAGAUAGGUCCCUCUCGUUGACAGAGAGUCUCCGGCAGCUCUCUGAACAGCUGAACGGCAUGGUCAGCCAGCCCACGGCUUACGUGAACGGAGAAAACAUCAUGCCCUCCACGGACAUGAAAGAGAUGGCGACCCGUUACCAGGAGCUGGCAGUAGCUCUUGACUCCAGCAAUUUAACAAACAAACAACUCAGUGCAAAGAUAGAGGAAUUGAAACAGCAGAACCAAGAGGCUGUGAAUGAGCUGGAAAAGGAGAAGAAGGGGUUUGAGCAGAAGUUUGCGAAGGAGCAGGCCGCGCUGCGAGAGCAGCUACAGGUCCACAUUCAGACCAUUGGGAUCCUGGUCUCUGAGAAGUCAGAGCUGCAGACGGCCCUUGCCCACACGCAGCAGGCUGCCCGGCAGAAGGCAGGGGAAGCCGAGGACCUCGCCGCUCGGUUGCAGUCCUCUCGGCAGAGGGUCUCCGAAGUAGAAUACACACUUUCCUCCCUCUCUACCCAACAGAAGCAAGCAGAGAAACAUAACAAAGAACUAGCAAAGGAACGAGAUAACCUCAAACUGGAAAUCUAUAAGCAAAGUAAAACCAGCGAGGAACUCAAACAGCAGAACUCCGAGUUGUCCGAGAAGCUGCGCGGCCUGAUCUCCGAGAAUUCAGCCCUGAAACUGGACAUGGAGGACUUGCACAAGAAACUGGAAAUGGCGGAGCUGGUGAUCCAGCAGUUUUCAAGCCAGCCGGGGACCUCAGAUGCCACUCAGCAGCUGCAGAUGGCCCUGGAGGAGAGGGCCAGCUUAGAAACCCAAAUUGCCCAGCUGUCAGAGUCUUUCCAGCAACUGCAGGCCGAACGGGAUCAGUACGUCCUCCGGCUGAAGGAGGAAGGGGGCAUCUGGCAGCAGCGGGUCGAGCUCCUCUCCGAGCAGGUCCGGACUCUGAUGGGAGAGAAAGAGCUGAGCGGGACUCGAAUUCAGGAGCUGGAAACCAACCUGUCCGAGCUGCUCAGCAGUCAGUCAGUGGUGAAGCCCCAGGAGAGUCUGCCCGUCCCCGCUGCAGGGCCCUCGCCAGCCGAGCUGCGCCUGCAGGAGGCACUCACUCAGCUGGAGAAGGACAAAGAGGAGCUGCUGGGGCGGUGGCAGACUCAGGUCCGGGACAACGAGCAGCUGAGCCGCCUCAACCAGGAACAGGAGGAGCAGCUCCAGGAUCUGGAGAAGGCCCUGCAGCGCCACAGCGAGGAGGCGGUGGACCGGCAGCAGAUCCUGGAGGACAUGCAGAGUGACAAGGCAACCAUCAGCCGGGCCCUGACGCAGAACCGGGAGCUGAAGGAGCAGCUGGCCGAGCUGCAGAACGGCUUCGUCAAGCUGACCAACGAGAACAUGGAGGUGACAAGCGCCUUGCAGUCGGAGCAGCAUGUGAAGAAGGAGCUGGCCAAGAAGCUGGGGGAGCUUCAGGAGAAGCUGGGGGACUUGAAGGAGACGGUGACCCAGAAGACACACGAAGCUCAAGCGCUCCAGGAGCAGAGGGAUCAGUAUUUCACCCACCUCCAACAGUACACCGCGGCCUACCAGCAGCUGGCCACUGAGAAGGAGGAGCUGCAAAAACAGUACCUCUUGCAGAGCCAGCUCAUGGACCGUCUGCAGCACGAGGAGGUCCGAUGCAAGGUGACCGCCGAGAUGCACUUCAAAGAGCUUCAGCAAGCUAAGGAAAGCUUGGAGUCGUUUUCCAAAGAGAACAAGGAGCUCCAAGCUCAGGUCAGCCAACUCAUGGCCGAACUGGACGAAAAGAUGCUUCCGAGGGCCCAGGGGGAUGGGGUGGAAGCAGAAGAGCUUCUAGAAGACCCGAGGACUUCUCAGCUCAGUAUUCCAGAGGACUUUGAAAGUAAAGAGGAAAUGGUGGCUUUCUUGACCUCUGCUAUGUCCCAGGCUGAGGCUGAGCAGGAGGCAAUGAGGCAGCAGCUGGAGGAAAGGAAGAGGCAAUGCAGGGGCCUGUUGCAGCAGAUUGCUGCGCUCCGGAAGGAGCAGCAGCUGCAGCUGGCGUCCACCGGAGGUUCUGCGGCUGAUUCUGUUCCAGGAGAAGUUCACGAAGCCUUAAAAAGCGCCAUGGAGAAGCUGCAGUUCCGAUUCACAGACCUGAUGCGCGAGAAGGCGGAGCUGAAAGACCGGGUGGAAGAGCUGGAGCACCACUGCAUCCAGCUGUCCGGAGAAACAGACACCAUAGGCGAAUAUAUCGCCCUGUACCAGAGCCAGAGAGCGAUUCUGAAGCAGCGGCAUCGGGAGAAGGAAGAGUACAUCAGUCGGCUGGCUCAGGACAAGGAGGACAUGAAGAUGAAGUUACUGGAGCUCCAGGAACUGGUGAUGCGCCUGGUCGGCGAGCGGAACGACUGGUACACCAAGUACAUGGUGGCCACUCAGACGGCGGAGCCCCGGCCUGGGCCUGAGAGCGAGGCUGGCGCUAAGGCCGACGGGCUCUUGGAACUGAGCGCCUCUGAGGCAGCAGGCCUGCGAGAGGUGAACCUGAUGGACGAGCCGGACCAGGAAGCCGCAGCUUCUCAGCCCCGCCGGUCUCCCAGCGACCCCAAGGGCCCCUGGCCCGCCCCCCAGGACCCCACCGCCACGCAGAUCCUGCAGCUUCUCCGAGAGAUUCAGAACCCUCGGGACCGGCUGGGCUCCCUCUUGGAAAACCCCUGCGUCCCGUUCUUCUAUCGGGUGGACGAAAACGACGAAGUCAAGAUCAUGGUGGUGUAACCCAGGAGGGACGCCGAGUGCUCCACGCCGGCCGUCUCGCGCGGCUCAGCUGCCUUGAGGGCGGGCACUGGCUAGAAGAUGGGGCUAGGCUGCGGGUGCGCUGGCUAUGAAUCAUGCAGUCAUCCAGCGAAGCUCAGGCAGGCCAACUUCUGCCACCACCUGCCAGUUGCCCCCCCCAGCCCCCCCCCCCGGCAGCCUGUGACUUUAAUUCUCAGUAUCACGGUGGCUCAGCAUCUUCUCAUUGGGGGUUCUUGUGGGUUUAAUUAGAUCAGGUUCUGUGCGUCUGUCCCAGAAUCUCCCCCUUUUGCUUUACUGCAUGGUCAGCUUCAGACCUGAUCCAGCCAGCCACCUCUGGCCUCUCCCUCCAAACAGUCAGCUGGCUGUCUUUCUAGAAAACUCUCUCCCCCCCCCCGCCCCAAUCUCCCUUUUUCUCACCCAGUUGCAAUGUUUGGGUGGGCUGCUGGCUCCCUGGAGCAGACGGUUUGAGGGCAGGGUAAAAGCUGCACUUUUAAAGACAGCGAACUUUUCAUUUGGGGUGGAGGGCUUUAUUUAUUCCUAAGGAUGCAGAAGCCGAUCACGGAAAGAGAAGCAGACUUAGGGGUGGGCUCCAACUCUCCGUUGUUGGAUCUCUUUCUUCCCGGUUGGGCCGAGGUUGUUAUUAGUCUAGGUAUUUUGAAAUAAAGGAUUCUUGUUUUCCCCCCUGCGGGCCCUCAUGUGGAAGUAGGCAGAGGAGUUCUUUGCGAGAGUGUGAAAAGGCACAUCUUGCCUCCUGUUGGAAUGAAGUCGGCGGGCGCAUUGCGUGCUUUGCUCGGAUCCCAUUUUAGGAGGACGGCGGCGAAAGUGGUGGGGAGGCGACAGGGCUGCCCAGUUCUUGGCACGGAUUCUGCCCGGAGGGAAGGGGCACCGGCAAGGUUGCUGGCUGAUGCAGCUGCAUUGUGGGCAGACUCUUCCUCCUGGGACAGCUUGCUGGAAGACAGCCUACCUAAAGCACGUAGGGAAAUUCAAAACCCAGAAGGCACUUCUUCCCCAGUUUCCUAGCAAAAUUGUACAUUAAAUUGCCGCAGUCUUCCAGGUGGCAAAGCAGAGAGAGAGCACACCCAUGAAAUUGGCGCAGCCCCGGUUUGGAUCAUCAGUGUUACUCCCUCCCCCAGUGCAUGGGUCAGGACACUAGCAAAAGCGGGCCCCUGAGCCUCCGUUUGCACGCGUGUACAUAUUGUAUUUGUGUAACAUUUUGUAUAUACCUUGAAUAAAGAAGAGAACAAUCCACUGCAGCGUUUCUGGCUGCUGGAAGGCUACCCAUAACCUUGUAUGAUAUUUAAAGACGAAUUAACUUCAGUUGGGGCCGGGGAAGCGGGGCAGGAAUGUGAUUUACUGUAGAACAUUGUUCAAUAUUUAUUAGGUGUUGGGGUUCCGGGGACGUGAACAGCGGGGAGCGGAAACACCCCCCGAGAGCGAACUCUUGCAUUCUGUUGCCGAGAUAAAUUAUACUGUUACAAAUUUGUUCUUUCUGAAUAAACCUCUUCCACUU